ACAUCGGAGGCUGUGAGGCUGCAGCGGCGGCACAAAGCGGUGCUGAUCCCGGGUGUGUGCCGAUCUCCGGAGGGGGACCGGAUAAAUCCAGUCGGACCCGUCAAGUGGACGUGGGUCUCCUUUAUAUAUCUAUCUGCACACUCAGAGCUAAAGGCACUUUUUCUACAUUCCCCACCGGCGAUUUUGAUUUCACUCACCACAGGUGACCUGUAACUGGUUGGAGAGAGGGAGGAGAGGGGAACAAAUGGAAAGGGAGCAGAGAGAAAGAGGAUGAAAGAGAGAGAGCAGGACCCACGAGAUUCCUCUUGCACAAUGGGAGCCCCUCGCUCUGCCGGCUUUUUGAUUUUCAAAGAAUAAAAGGGGGACUUCGCCUAAAGAGGGCCAGCAGGACUUUCACAUCGCUUCAGUGUUUUGCCCAAGUGGGAGUCCACCCUUUUGUCUCGGCAGGAGUGGUCAUGGCUGUACACUAAACAUAAAAAUAACUCCUUCAUCUCUUCCAUCUCUCUACACCCUCCUGCCACUUCUUACCUAGCGACAGUCCAUUGCCAUGGAGAAGACUUACUCAUUAACUGCACACUAUGAUGAGUUCCAAGAAGUGAAAUAUGGUGGUCGCUAUAGCAGUGACAUCCUCAGUAAUGGCAUGACUCUUCACCUGGGUGGCAGCCUGGACCGUCAUAUGGGGCGUACCCGGGGAGGGACCUGGUCAAACGGUCGGAACAAAGAUCCAAGCAACACCAGCAGCGGCGGAGGGCUUCCUCGAUGGAGUCGAAGGGAGAUCUGCCUCCUCUCUGCGCUGGUCUUUGCAGCAGGCAUGUGCGUCAUACUGGGCAGCAUGCUGGCACUGAAGUACAUUUCCCUGGACGCCCAGCAGGACCCUCAGUGCCGACAGGACUGCCAACGCAAACGCUCCCUACUGCGGGCAGCUCGCUUUGUUCAGGCCAAUAUUGACCCAACAAUCCAGCCCUGCCAGGAUUUCUACUCCUUUGCUUGUGGCGGCUGGCUGAGGCGCCACGGCAUCCCUGAGGACAAGCUCAGCUACGGCAUCAUCACCGCCAUAGGAGAGCACAAUGAAGAGAAACUACAGCGCCUCCUGUUGGAACCCAUACGAAGGCGCGGGCCCAACUCAGCAGAGCGCAAGGUCAAGGAGUUCUAUCGAUCCUGUGUCAAUAUCCAAGAGAUCGACAAGCUGGGGUCGGAUCCCAUGACGGAGGUGAUCGACAGCUGUGGUGGGUGGGACCUGGUGGGGGCUCCAUCCGGUGCUGCAGGGUGGGAGACAGAGGGUGCCCCACAGAGGCCGGACUUCAAUGAGCUGCUGUACAGGACCCAGGGGGUGUACAGCACCGCCGUCUUCUUCUCCCUCACUGUCAACGUGGACGACAAAAACUCCUCAAGGAAUGCAAUCAGGAUUGAUCAAGAGGGGCUCACGCUGCCUGAGAGAAGCCUCUACCUGGGGCAGGAUGAGGACAGUGUGAAGAUCCUGGCCGCGUACAAGGCCCUGAUGGAGCGCUUGCUGAGCAUGCUGGGAGCUCACAACGCCACGCAGAAGUCCAAGGAGAUUAUACAGCUGGAGACCCGUCUGGCCAAUAUCACUAUGUCAGAAUAUGAUGACCAAAGAAAGGACAUCAGCACCAUGUAUAACCGCAUCACCCUCAGGCAGUUACAGAGCAUUGCUCCCAAUCUCCACUGGAAACGCUUGCUGGACAGAAUCUUCCACGACAACUUCUCAGAAGACGAAGAGAUCGUGGUGCUCGCCACUGAUUACAUCCAGAAAGUCUCCGACAUCAUCAAGAACACUUCAAAGAGGGUUCUCCAUAACUACAUGCUGUGGCGUAUCGUGGCGGCGCUAAGUGAACACCUGUCCACCGCCUUCCGCAGCACCAUCCAUGAGUUUUCUCGGGAGAUUGACGGCACCGAGCAGCAGCUGGAGCUGGGCAGGCUCUGCCUCACUCAGGCCAACAAACACUUUGGUAUGGCCCUGGGAGCUUUGUUCGUCCAGCAACACUUCUCCUCACAGAGCAAGGCCAAGGUACAGGAGCUGGUAGAGGACAUAAAGCACUCUCUGGACCUUCGUCUGCAUGAGCUGGACUGGAUGGACGAAGCCACCAAGGAUGCUGCGAGAGCAAAGCUGAAGCACAUGAUGGUGAUGACAGGAUACCCAGACUUCCUGCUCAAACCUGAGCUCAUAGAUCAAGAAUAUGGGUUUGACGUGGACGAGAAAACCUAUUUCAAGAACAUCCUCAACAGCAUCAAGUUCAACAUCAAGCUGUCAGUCAAGAAGAUCCACGAAGAGGUGGACAAGACGACGUGGCUUCUCCCCCCUCAGGCUCUUAAUGCCUACUACCUCCCUAACAAGAACCAAAUGGUCUUUCCCGCUGGCAUCCUUCAGCCCACUCUCUACAACCCUGAGUUCCCACAGUCUCUGAACUACGGUGGAAUAGGAGCUAUCAUUGGCCAUGAGCUAACACAUGGAUAUGAUGACUGGGGGGGCCAGUACGACAGACACGGCAACCUCAAACAGUGGUGGACGGAGGAGUCCUACAGGAAGUUCCAGACGAAGGCUGAAUGUAUUGUCAAGCUCUACGAUAACUUCACAGUUUAUAACCAGAGGGUGAACGGUCGUCUGACGCUGGGUGAGAACAUAGCAGACAUGGGUGGACUCAAGCUGUCGUACUAUGCGUAUCAGAAGUGGGUGAGGGAACACGGUCCGGAGAGACCCCUGCCCGGCCUCAGAUACACACACGAGCAGCUCCUCUUCAUUGCCUUUGCACAGAACUGGUGUAUGAAGAGAAGAUCUCAGUCCAUCUACCUUCAGCUGCUGACGGACAAACAUGCACCAGAGCACUACAGAGUGAUCGGCAGUGUGUCACAGUUUGACGAGUUCGCCCGUGUUUUCCACUGUCCGAAGGGUUCCCCCAUGAACCCUGUGGAUAAAUGCUCCGUAUGGUGACCGCUCCGCCCGCGUUUUGACCUUGGGAUCUUCAUCUUCACAGCCACACACACACACGCACGCACGCACGCACGCACGCACGCACGCACACACACACACACACACACACACACACACACACAUUCAUCAGGAUGAUGUAGAGUGCAUAAAGCCUAUUCUUGCCUUUGAAGGAUACAGGAAGGAAAUGUAUCUUUUCAGCAUUCUAUUUUUUUCAGUUAGGAAACAGUUCAUUGUGUUGUAACCUAUCCAAAGCAUGGGUCACAUGACCGUCAGCCAUGUACAUAUAUAUCAUUUAAUUAUAUAUAUUUUUCUAUGUUUAAAUUUAUUUUCAAAUCAUCUAUUUUUCUAUUUUAGCCGAUAUAUCACGCACAUUAUGCAUAGGAUUCAUAAGCCAUUUGUUUUUGUUUGAAAUUAAGCUGAACAUUUCUGUGUGACAUCGACGUAUGAGAAGCUUCAGCAGUGAUUUCAGCCCCCCGCCGAUGUAAAACUGGACGAGGACCAAGUUAAAAUGAACUGAGAUCAGCGGGAACGUCCUCGCUCCUGCCAAACAUGUUGUUCUUUCAGUUGGGUUUAUUGGAGUGUGAUUCGUGUCGCAGUGCUGCGCUCUCGUGGCUGCAGACAGUAAUGCUGUUCAACCGCCAUGACUGUUGUGUCGUUUGCCUGCAUUGGUCCUCUUGUUGCUGUGAGUGUUUGUAUGGUUUUUAAGAUUUUUAAAAAAAGAAGAAAAAAGAAAAGGGUGGACUCGUGGAUGUUUUUCUCAGGAUUUGUAGUGCAGCACCGGAUCGAGGAUCUUUGUGUCUCUAUCUACAUUAGACUCGUCAGCCCCAUAGUACACUCACAAAGGAG